AUAGGAGCAUCCACUACCCUCCUCUCUGUUUUUUCUCUCACUUCGUUUUUCUGCAGAGAGUAAAAGAGUCUGAGCGCCACCGCAACCCCCAAAAACCCACAGUCGUUGGUUUUACUCAGUCCACUCCCUCUAUGGAGCCACCGGCGGCGGCGGCGCCACUCCAGACUCACUACGCCGACUCGCUGGACUCGUCGCCGAGGUCCCGAAACACCGACUCCUGGGACGACCCGCUCCCGCCGGCGUCCAGGCUCCGGCUGAUGUGCAGCUACGGUGGCCACAUCGUGCCGCGGCCCCACGACAAGUCGUUGUGCUACGUCGGCGGCGACACUCGAAUCGUCGUCGUGGACAGGAACACUUCGCUUGCGGACCUCUCGAAUCGUCUGGCGAAGACGCUUUUGAAUAACCGGCCGUUCACGCUGAAAUACCAGUUGCCGAGUGAGGACCUGGACUCGUUGAUCUCCGUGACGACCGACGAGGAUUUGGAUAAUAUGAUCGACGAGUUUGACCGGACGGCGAGCCACAAUUCGUCGGCGAAGCCGGCGCGGAUUCGGCUGUUUCUGUUUCCGCUGAAGCCGGAUUCAGCGCAGUCGAUGGGGCCCCUCGAUAUGCCGACCAAGUCGGACGACUGGUUCCUCAGCGCGCUCAACGGCUCGUCGGCGAUGCUCAACCGCGGCUUCUCCGACUCCGCCUCCGUCAACUGCUUGCUCGGCCUAGACGACGACGGCGGCGGCGGCGCGGCGAACAAUUCGGAUUCGAGAGGAGGAGACGCCGAGGCUUCUGCGGCGGCGAAUUGCAAGAACGGGAAACCGGACGUUCACUCUGUCCCCGAUUCGCCGAUGCUCGAGAACUCGUCGUCGUUUGGGUCAACAUCGUCGUCUCCGUCGCUGGCGAAUUUGCCUCCGAUUCGGGUCCACGUGGAAGACAGCGGUGGGAGCAGUCACGGUGGGAAUAGAGCGCAGGAUCAGAAGGUUGGGAUUGAAGAGCAGUUUGCUCAGAUGACGGUGGGUUUGGUUGGGCAGCAGCAGAAGCAAGACGAUGGCGGCGGCUUUGUGGUGCUGUCUUCACCGCCGCCGUUGCCGACUACUAUUGUGCCUUCCUCUGCGCCGGUGAGUUCUUCUUUGGCCCCUGAUUACCUGAAUCGGGUCGUCUCCGAUGACGAACGAUCCGAUCACGGUGGAUAUCGGAAACCGCUUCCUCCUCAGCCUCAGCAACAGGGUGUACCGCCUCAGUCUCAGCCCAAAUCAACCGGAAUUUUUGAUUUGCCGUCGCCAGAUUCAGUGUCAAGUGAUCAUAGUUUAUCAAAUGCUGCCAUAUCUCGCCCAAAACCUGUAAUUUAUCAAGAACCAGUUGCUCAAAUACCCGCGGUAACCCCCACAAGGUUUCCUGGAAACCUUGUUGAUCCGAAAGUUAAUGUCUCCGAUCCAAACACUCGGGUUCAGUUGCAACAACAGGUUCAGGAUUCCGGGUAUGUAUUGCAAGCCCAAUAUGAUCAACAACUACAACAGCAGCAACUACAACAACAACUACAACAACAGCAACAAUUUAUACACCCUGGUGCACAGUACAUGCAUCAUCACCCUGCUGGGUCUGUGCCAAUUCAGGCAUACUACCCUGUAUAUCCUUCUCAGCAGCAGCACCAGCAGCAGCAGCACCAGCAGCAACAACACCAGCAGCAACAGCAACACCACCAUCAUCCUCAGCUCGAUCAGCAGCAGCAAUACCAGGUUUAUUACAUGCCCGCAAGACAGGCCCAACCUUACAGCAACUUGCCCCUGCAGCAACCGCUGCAGUCCAACAUUAGUGAAGCUGCUGCUGCUACUAUUGCUUCUAGCCGGUCUCAACCUCCUCCCAAUCCAAUGCUCUCUCCUACCGCAGCUUACAGCCAGAUAAGGAAUGCCCCCAUUGCCAAACCCGAAAUUGCUGCUGGUGUGUACAGGACAACAACUACAGCUGCUCCUCCAUCUCUGGUUCAAGUUCCUCCUACUCAGCAUCAGCCUCAGCAACAAUAUGUUGGUUACGCACAGGUUCAUCACCCGUCUCAAUCAACUGUUCCUACUUCGACAGGUGCUGCUAAUUAUGCCUAUGAAUAUGCCGAUGCUUCUCAUGCUCAGCAUGCCCAGGUAUACUAUACUCAGCCUCUAGCACCCGCAAUGACUUCUCAGUACCAAACCAUGACAGCCGCAGCUGCCAUGGGGCUGCCGGAAGUUUCAACUCAGCUUCCUAAUGACAACAUCAAGCAGCAGCAGCAGCGAUGAGGAUGGGGACUUUACAGCCUUUGUAAGUCAGCUUUCAGAAGGAAGAAACAAUUUUGGAGAAGUGGGGUGCCUGGUUUAUCUUUAAAUUAUCCGUUUCUUUGGUAAUUGGAUUGUGGUAUGUAUUUGUGAUAGAUAAUAAGGAACUUGGUGGUACGUUUUCAAACUCGUUCUUGUAUGUCAUAUUGUUUCUCAUUGUCAUAGAGAGACUCAUAGGAAAUGAAAAGGUGGUCUGAGAUUAUACUGUAAAAGCUGGAAACUCAAAUCAAACAUAUUGUGUGCUUGUGCAGAUCGGUUUCUGAAUAAAUGUUUUAUAAGUAGCAAGAGUUUUGAAUUA